AUGGACUCGGACCUACAAUUCCCAGCCUCGAUGGCCCAACCAUCUCCCGCUACGUCGAGUACAUCCCGAGCCCAGUCAAAGUCGAGAUCGAGAUCUCGCCCAGCACGGCGCCGGCGAGAUGAAUCCCCCCCACCAUCCUCCCCACCAGGCCUACCAACGCCGGCAUUUUCACCAGAUGGUCAAAGCGAUAUCGAUGAUAUCAUUGAGGAGUCCACCCUAUCGCCUUUCGAUGCCCGCAGAAUUACACCCACCCUUCACGCAUCCCUAGUGUCCGAAAUUCUAUCCUUACGGCGUGACGUUGAAAAUAAAACCAAGGAAAUCGAUACAUUGGAACAAAGUUUGGAUGAAUCACGUACGGAAUGUGAAACACUCAGUGAGAGAGUAUCCAAAUCGUCCCGCGAGACACGAUCCUUGCAACAUCAAAUCCAGCUUUUGGAGGGCGGGACAUCAUCAGCGAUAACAGAACUGGCCCGUGAGCGGGAUGAGGCAGUCGAUAAUAUCAACGAUGCUCGGAAAAAGCUGGAGCAUGCACAAAAGAAAGCUCGUCAUCGCGAAGAGGAGGUCGAACGGACACAGAUGCUGUGGGUUCGUGACCAAGAGGCAUGGGAGAAUGAGCGACGAGCCAUGGAGCGCAAGAUUCAUGUGGUGGAAGGCCGCUUGAAGUCGGUGCUCAGUGAGGUUGCAGCAGCCCAAGAAGCGGGAGCCCUCAGUUCUCAGCGUAGCGAAAAUGAUCUUUCGACCAAGUCCAAGGUCAAGGAAAGUGACACGGCCAGUGUGGCGUCCAGCAGCCAGGGUCGCCGCCGCAUGAGCAUGACUAGUGCAACUUCUGAGGAGGGCGAAAAUGAGGCCGAUUACCACAAUGCUCGAUACUCCGUCCUGAGUAUGGCCCCUGGAAAGGGCGAUUCCGGCUUAAAUCUGGCCCAGGAAUUGGCGUUCGAUGAGGAAGACGAGUUUGCUGCAUCAGAAGAUGAGCCCCCAGAAUCACCCGAAGCGCUCCCGGAAGAGCGACCAAUGUCAGUCAAUUCGGAGGCGUCUCAUUCUAUAGCAUCAAAGGCUCGCAGGAUUCUGGGUCUUUCCAUGCAAAGCACUGGCUCAGUCACGGCGGCGGAGUACCGUUCUCUAGACCCCAAUAGUCCUACGAAGCUACACCAUCAGCAGCCUGCGGAAUAUUGCGAUAUGGGCAUUCAAUACUCGCCUCCACCAUCACCUGAAACUCUAACCGCGGCAGAGAACCAUGAUUCUGCUUUGGUGGAUGAAGAAUCUGAUGCAGAUCGCGAGGUUGAUGGCGACCAGGGCGUACCUGAGAUGAAGGACUGUGCCAUGAUCACACUUGCCGUUGAGAUGGUCUCAUCUUCUUGUCAAACAGUUGCCGAUCUUCCCAGUCCUCCAUGGACACCCAAGAUCUUGGAGCCACCAAUCCAGCCCGUGGAAGAGGUCGCAGAACCAGUCCAGAUGGCAUCGGCAUCUACCCAAACUGAUUGGAGUCCUUCUCUGGAGCCCGUAGAUAGCGAAGAGAAGACUACCUUGUCUCCGAGUGAUAUAUCUGCGCAAAUCGAUGUCCCCAUGAUCGCUAUUCACCCCCCUGGCUCGGAACCAUCGUCCCCUCGGAACAGUGUUGUUCUUCCUCCACAGACCAAGAAUAUGUCUGUUCAAGCCAAUUUCAGGUCGGUCAUCGAGGGCCGGUCUGUUGCCAUUCAGACGGAAGAAAUCCGUAUCGAUCAACGGCUCGUCAAACUUCCAGCCAGUCUACUGCCCUCUGCCAUUCCCGAUCUACCAACCUCCGCCGAACUUGAAGAGGCCAAUGCUGAGUCUUACCGAGCGCCUAUUCCUCCGCCUCGCUCGGCCAAGAGGGCCCAGCGACCUUUGCCGCAUGAGCGCCCGAUGAAACCUCCACGCGCCCCGGCUUCGGAGCCUCUGCAGGCAUAUCAGGCAUAUCAGGCAUACCCUGGAAACAAUGAUAACGGGCCGCUAUCAGGUGAAAUUGCAUCUGGAUUAAGACGGCCAUUCCGGUCUAGCAGCCUCUUUGCGGGCUUUGAGCAGCUGAGCGAUGACGAAGGCCCCUAUGCAGAGGAACGUGACAUCUUUACAGACGACGAGCUUCUCAACCGGCCAUUUGCUUCAUACACUAUCCGUCGGGGCAAGUUGGUGAAUGCAAAAUCAAGGCCCAGUUUAGACGAAAUGACUCUUCCUGAAAUCGAUGAGCAUCUAUCUGACCCUGAGUCUCGGCCUUCUGAUGUUGGGCGUGCCCCGUCCCGAGGAACUCAACGGUCCAGUACGACAACGUCCAGCGGCCGAGCUGGUAUGCGCAAAUUGGCCUUGAUCUCUAGUGGUGCGGCAGCGCACCAGAAAAGUCGUCCCCGCAGCCCUAGUGAGCCAAGCCUUGAUGGCAGUGCAGGCUCAAGCAUUGCACCCCCAUUCCCGGUUCCAAUCCGUCUUAGCUCACGCAACGUCCCAUUGACAGGUAGUGAUGGACCUCCAAGUCCGACUCGCUCUUCUGCCCGGCAAUUCUCUGACCGUGGUGCUCGUACAACAAUGGUGCGACAACCCACGUUACGUCGAGUUCGCUCGGCGACCGCGACGUCCCAGAGUAGCCUCGCGGAGCGCCCAGAAACGCUUUCAUCUCCAACUCGCUCUGAAUCUCCCUUCACGCUCGAUAGUCCUUCCUACCAUCCGCCGCCUCUCCCAGUCGAUGACAUCACGGUUCCCCGUGAACGUCGUGGGCCUACGAAACGGCCUACUCAUCGCCCGGCAGUGCCCUCUAUGAACUGGGACCAGGACCGACGGGACUCUACUGGCGGUGUGCAGCCAACGAGUGUCGUUGAUGCGAUUGCUCAGACUAUGGUGGGUGAGUGGAUGUUCAAGUACGUCCGCCGCCGCAAGUCUUUCGGCAUGGGUGAAUCCAAGGAUGCCUGGGAGGGCCGGAACCCCGAUGAAGUAUCGGCCAAUAUCACCAACGGCGGAGUGCGCCAUAAACGAUGGGUCUGGCUUGCCCCAUACGAGGGGUCUAUCAUGUGGAGCAACAAACAGCCGACAAGCGGGCCUGCCUUGCUGGGCAAGACUGGCCGGAAAUUCACUAUCCAAUCCGUCCUAGAUGUCAAGGAUGACAAUCCAAUGCCUAAGACCCUGGGAAAUCCUAAUCCAUUCAACCGCUCAAUUCUAGUCCUCACACCACAGCGUGCUCUUAAAUUUACCGCACUUACUGUUGAACGCCACUAUGUCUGGCUAACCGCACUAUCAUUCCUCAGUCAUUCUUCCAUGGGUCUACAGGAUCUGGCUGCAAUCCCACCCGCGCCGCAAGAGGAGGCUAUACCUUCUCAGACUACCCUGCGCCGCAAUCCUAUUCGGGACUCGAUUCGAGUGGCCAAGGGUCGCCCACGGCCCAUGCCUAAGGGGAAACGCUCCUUCCCAGGUACCGAGCCGGUUUCAGAACUACCUACCGGAGACUUAGAAAGCCUUAAUUCGAUGGCCGCGGAUGCACCACAUGUCCCACGCUUCUCUAAUCAUAAUCACCACACCCGCAAGCGCAGUAACACGGCACCCCGCCCUCCUGCGCUGCACGCUAUCCGAAGCUUUUCCAGCCAAGGGACCAUGCCCUCGUCCCAUAGUGGCACCACUGUCGGCUCCUCUGAGCCGUACUUCUCGCCUGUUGCGCUGCCAAGUCUCCCUCACGGCAUUGGAAGUGGCCAUAGCAACACCAGUCGUCGCACAUCGGAGGCCAGCGGCCGCACUACCCGCACAACAGCGAGCAACAUGUUUGACAUGGGUACGGUGCGCAUGGAGGCCUUCAUCGACCACCAUGCGGAACAGAUCAAUCGCCCUCGUGGUGCGCCGCCAUCUCGCCCACGACAUGUGCGCAAGGCCUCCAGUCAGUGGAGUCAAGGCCGCUAUGACUAUGACGCGCCCUCGGUCGACGAAAGUGAACUAUCUUUCCGACCCGAUGACCCUUUCCGCGGGUUCUAA